AUGACAAGUGCAACACCUUUCCUGACAACUGAGAACGGGGCCACAACAUCUUACCUCCCAUUGACGACAGCCUGGCCCUCUGCUGGAACGGACUGCGCUUCAGGGGUGUACCAGCAGAUCGGUGGGAUUUUCUUGGGAUGGGAUCCUUGGUAUGCGCAGAACGUUGACAACAGACUUUCGACCUGUUGGCCACCCGAAGCGUCAGCAUGGUGGACCCAAGCCGCCCUGCCAACAACAGUCCUGGGCCCAGUCUUCACCUGUCCCGAGGCAUACUACGAAGCUUAUACGUCGACGCUCGACAGCCACACGAAGCAGACCAUAUGCUGCCCGUCGCACUACAGACUCAACGUCGCCAACUUCGCAAAGGCUACGUUCCCCUCGCAUCUUCGGCUGGCACCUGAACGGGCUCAAUGUGGCUGCCUCCAGCACAGCCACUCCGAGUCCUACCAGCAGCACUGUGACCGACACCACCGGGGCGACAUCGACACCGAUCUCAACCUCGAGCGCUGCGGUUUCGACGGCCAGAAAUUCCAAUAA